CAGCUCUCAUUCUGAUGUAAAAUUAAAAAGAAAAAGUGAUGCAAAUGUUAUUUAUAUUACAGUAAUGGACCCAGUACAAUGAAAUAAAUCAAGAAACACCGAUAUGUUAGGCAUGUCAGACAUGAGACGGGUCUUAUUUUGGCCGUAAAAGAGACAGGAGCAGUUCUCAGAAGUCGGAAGCUUGUGCUCAAGAGAGCCAGAGGGGAGAAAAGCGGUGCGUUUUGCUUUUGCUCCUGUCCAUUAAAGUUUCCUGUGGAGCCUAUUUGUUUUAAUAGGUGAAGAAAGUAAGCUGUCAACCUAUGUUACUACACGUAAGCGUGGAGCGAGCCUGCAAAUGGGCGGCAUAGGCGGCAGCUUCUAUAUCAACAUGCUCAAUGGAAGCGACGCGCAAAGUUUGGCCAAAAACGCAGAGACGAGCGGUCACCUUCACCGGAGCAAGGAGCUAGUGGACUACAAAAUGGGCGUCCAAGACGCGAGGCAGUACUAUUCGGACUCGGUUGUAAAUGGCCAGGACAACUUUCCGCUGCCGUACCACGGUGAGCAGGGCGCUGGCGAGCUCGGAGCGCAGGCGGGGAGGUUUUACUCCACGGCGGCGGCAGCGGCGGCUCCGCUUGGUAACUGUACAUUCAGCCGCAGCAGCGCGGUCCCGGCUUACGCAGGGGCUGAUGGGUAUUCACCGGACAGUAAAGACGGCUACCCGGCCAGCGCGGACUCGUACCAUGCGCACUUUCAGCAUGGCUACCCGCGCGCGCCUCUCUAUUCCUUACCUGGCCUACAGGUGUGCGGCAAGACGCAGGUGCUUCUCAACAACUGCCCGCUGUGGACCAAGUUUCACAAGUACCAAACCGAGAUGAUCAUCACCAAACAGGGCAGGAGGAUGUUCCCGUUUCUCAGUUUUAAUAUCAGUGCUCUGGACCCCUCGGCUCACUACAACGUGUACGUGGAUGUGGUUCUGGCUGACCAGCACCACUGGAGGUACCAGGGAGGCAAGUGGGUGCAGUGUGGCAAAGCAGAGGGCAAUAUGCCAGGAAACAGGAUGUAUAUGCAUCCUGACUCUCCUAACACAGGUACUCACUGGAUGAGGCAGGAGGUCUCAUUUGGCAAGCUCAAACUCACCAACAACAAGGGCAGCUCCAACAACAUGGCACAGAUGAUAGUGCUGCAGUCUCUCCACAAGUACCAGCCACGCUUGCAUAUCACGGAGGUGAAGGAGGAUGGAACAGAAGAUCCCUUCCGCAGUUGUAAGCCACUCACCUUCAUCUUCCCCGAGACCCAGUUCAUUGCAGUCACUGCCUACCAGAAUGCAGACAUCACUCAGCUGAAAAUAGACCAUAACCCUUUUGCGAAAGGUUUCCGAGACAAUUAUGACACACUGUAUGCCCCGCCUGACUCGGAUCGUAUCACCCCGUCGCCCACUGAGGGCCAACAGCUCAUGGCAGCCAGCUGCUAUCCCCGCCAGCCUUACCUGCCUGAGCAAUACAUUAGUCCGCUGCAGCACAGCCGCUUCUAUAGCUGCGAGCCUGUAAGCAUGGCACAGGGGUGUCCCAAAGACCCAAAUGGCAGUCACCAUGGGCGCUGGUACCUCCCUGGGCAGCAAGGCACGCCCUCCAAUCUACUGGACUUCAGCUCUUACGAGGGUGACUAUACGGCCAACAGCCUAUACAAGCCUUUUCCUUUACAGACAUCACCCCACCACCCACUGAGCUACUAUCCUGAAAACCCCUUCACUUCUGGGCCAAUAUCAAGUGCUAGCCCUGCCACAUGGAGCACAGCGAGACCUUCGCCACAGUACCUCAGCCACCCCCAUCCUGGGAAAGCCACAUCUAGCCUGAGCUGGUUCUGCCCCAUGUCUUCUCCCGCUAUGUCCUCCUCUCCUCCAGCAGUAAAUUCCCGUCUUCACCCUUCACCAUCACUUCUUGAGUCCUUGAGGCUGCCAGUACCACAGGACAAGUCAAAAGAGGUGGUGGAGGACACGUGGAUGGAAACCCCCUCUGUCAAAUCAGUAGACUCAGUCGACUCCGGUCUUUUUGAGGGUGCAGAGAGCAAGAAAAGACGAGUGUCACCCUAUGCCUCCAGCACUGAGAACUCUCCUCCCAUUCGAAGCAGUGAAGCCUGUGAAAAGGACAAUAACAGCGAUGCAGGCUACUACGGCUUCUACAGUCACUGAGCGCCAUCGUCUCUGAGUUAGUGUAGCACUCCUGCUGUGUCCCACCCACAGAGCUGCACUGCUUUCUGGGACAAAGCUCUGUGGGAGUCGAGACGAAGGACAACAGAGGCCAGUAACAGCUAACGCAGAAUUCUCAAUUAUUUUUUCCUUUAUAGACCUGGUGCUGUUUGCCUUUUUAUCCCUACAGUGUUAUUGCUGGCCUUCUCACGUUUGGUGUGCUGCUUCCCCAUGGGAGCACUGUAUGGGUAAGGUCAGGUGGAGGUGUUCCACUCAACCUGAAGGUCACUGUCAUGGUGAGGACCAGCAAGUCAAGACAAUGUGACUGGGCUGAAACACUGGCCUGGAGAGAUAUAUGCACACACACACACACACACACACACACACAGAGACCUGGAUGAAUUCAGAAACUGUAACUGUUUAACAUUUAAAGAAGUCUGUACACCUGCUGACACUCCCCUCAAGGACCUGUCCAGUCUCCCAGUCCUCUCUCUCUCACACACACACACACACACACACACACACACACACACAUUAGAUGUGAAAUUUUUCCCAAGAAUAUAGCUAUGUAGUUUUGAGUAUGUACUUAUAUUUUAUGAUUCCAAUUCAUUCACAUUUUUACUCCAAAUAAGUCUUUGAGUGCCCAAUGAAAUCAGAUGAUGUAAGUGAUUGCUAAGUGCUAUUAGAGGAAACAAAGUAUAGCUAUCUCCACAGAGAGGUAAGAACGUGUUCGACUCAUCCUAUCAGCUGUCUUCCUGUUAACCUCCCAUUCUCACUACUAAAUCUCCCUAACUAGAUCAUGUGCCAAACAGGCUGGCUCUAAUUUCAUCUUGUUGCAUAUGGCUCAGUGCCACUAUACCGCACAAUAAUGAAGUAAACAUAAAGGUUCUGCUUUAAAUUCAUCUUUGUUGAACUUUGGAUUCAUACAGGAUGAAUUGCCAGUUUCAGAUCAGGUGUUACAGUAUUUACGUGGUCAACACAAACACAGCAAUGUCAGUCUGAUUAGUGUCAAAAGAAUAUCCUUAACCCCAACAUCAGCAAGUCUCACAAAUAGGACAAGGAAGACAACAUGCAGAUAGACAGGGUGGGAAAAUGGACACCUGGAAGGGGCAUUGACUGGACAUCAUAAUCAGACAACAGCUCACACACCACAGACCUCAGUGACACAGAGGAAGAACGAGACCUUAGUCUCACCUUAUCAGGGCCUGCAGACCUCCAAAGGUGAGAAAGACCUUCGACAGCUCAGUGGGCGACAGCCAUAAGAAUGUUAACGCACUGACUGUGGAGGAAAACGCACAAUAUAGGACAUGGUUCACCUUUCAGAAUUUAGACACAUUUCACUGGUCAUCAACUAAUGUGAUUUUUUUCAGUGAACCACAUAAAAUUACUUCCCACAACAACAUAUUUUACUAUAACACAUAACGGUCCAGUACACACAUGAGCAUGCACAUGCAAAGAGGGGUGACAAGAUUAUUAUUAUUUUUUUUUUAUUAUUUAUAUUUUGUUUGAGCAACUCAAAACUGUAAACAAUUAUGUAAUAAGACUGCACUUACUUACUGUGUACAUUGUUAAAAACAGAAAUGCUUAUGAUGUGACUUUUUAUGAAAUUGUUGUUUUAAUUCUCUGUCAGUAUUUUAUAGAGUUUCCCAAAAACCCGUAUAGUGGAAUAUCAAAGCUUCAGUACGUGGUCAGUGACUUUCAAACCAGUGAGUUACCUUAAUGUGGGAGCAGUGUGUGUAUUUCAGUGCUAAACCAAAUUACAUAUUAGCAAUAUAAUGAAGAGGACAAUCACAGUGAGAUAUUGUAUUUCAUAUUGCUACAGGUCGGUUAUAAGCAUAUGGUUUGAUAUUACUCAGGUCAAGUAUGUGCCAAUGAAUAUUCAGCUCAUUUUGUGCAAGUAAUGGAGAUGCUGAAAGUUAAUACUGGUUUAAAAUAACAGGGUGGGUUUUUUUUGUUUUUUUUAAUUGUUUCCUGGUUGUAAGUAGUAAGGUGCAAACAAUUUAUAGGUAUGAGCUUAACUGGAAGUUAUUUUUGGUAAACUGUUUCUAAUUUCAAGUGCAAUUUAAAAAGUGUUCAUAUUAAUUUAAGUUUUUUAUUGAUGAACAAUUCUUGAAUAUGCAUUCAAACCACUGUUUGAAUAUUUUAUGAACACUGAGAAUACAAGUGUACAGUGUUGUUAGGAUAAUUGAUAGGAUAUGUUUUAGGUGACCCCUAGUGGAGUAUCUCCCUCUUCAGAUAUAAUAAUGGCAAUUAUUUAUCAAAGUUACAGAAAAAUUGGUGCUUUUUUUUUUUUUGCACAGAAUGAUAAUAUGACGUAAAAUGAGUAAUUAGGCUCAAGUAAUAAAUCGGUUUUGUUUGAGACAUAAGCUCCCAUCUACUCAUCCCUUAUUUACAUGUUAUACACACACAGCAGAACUAAGUUUACCCUCAGAUAAAUCUAUGUACAUCUUUGCUCAAAUGCACCUUUGAUGAAUAAUGCCACAUAUGUGAGGGAUUUUACCCUCCAGCUGUCCCCUCUCAAGCUUUUUUAUGGACUAGCAGUGCCAUUAUCAGAUAGUCUUUAAGGUAUAUUUAUAUGAUGUUCCACUGAACCAUGAGUUUAACAAUCUUCUGUAUGAAUGAAAAAUAUGCUCUUUAUUUAUACUAAAUUUUCCCCAAUGUCAACUUGAAGCCAAGGUUCAUAAAUAACAGGAAUCCUCCCUAAAUAAUGCAUAAAAACCGUCCAGAGUGAAAUGAUGUAUUUGAAUUGUUCUAAUUGUAAUAAAACAUGUCAUUUUUCAUUA